AUGUCCGGUAAAGAGAAAGGCGUAAACGUUCAAGUUCUUCUCAGAUGCAGGCCGUUUAGUGAUGAAGAGUUACGCACCAAUGCACCGCAAGUAGUCACUUGCAAUGAUUACAGUAGAGAAGUUGCAGUGUCUCAGAAUAUCGCCGGAAAGCACAUUGAUAGGGUUUUCACCUUCGAUAAGGUGUUUGGACCUUCUGCACAACAAAGGGAACUAUAUGAACAAGCUGUUACUCCCAUAGUGCAUGAAGUUUUAGAGGGAUUUAAUUGUACUAUAUUUGCUUAUGGGCAAACUGGUACCGGAAAAACAUUUACUAUGGAAGGGGAAUGCAAAAGAUCCAAGAGUGGACCCAAUGGAGAGUUGCCUCCAGAGGCAGGAGUGAUUCCUAGGGCUGUUAAGCAGAUUUUUGACACACUUGAGGGCCAGAAUGCUGAGUAUAGCGUUAAAGUAACCUUUUUAGAAUUGUAUAAUGAGGAGAUUACUGAUUUGCUUGCCCCGGAGGAGCUUUCAAAGGUUAGUUUAGAGGAGAAGCAAAAAAAGCAGCUUCCUCUGAUGGAGGAUGGCAAAGGCGGGGUUCUUGUAAGAGGGUUGGAGGAAGAAAUAGUGACGUGUGCGAGUGAGAUUUAUACUCUUCUCGAGAGAGGGUCUUCCAAAAGGCGCACUGCAGAAACUUUGUUAAACAAGCAAUCUAGUCGUUCGCAUUCAUUGUUUUCAAUUACAAUCCACAUCAAAGAAGCAACCCCUGAAGGCGAAGAGCUAAUUAAGUGUGGUAAACUGAAUUUAGUAGAUCUUGCUGGCUCUGAAAAUAUAUCUCGGUCUGGUGCUAGGGAGGGUCGUGCAAGAGAAGCUGGAGAAAUUAAUAAAAGUUUGCUCACUUUAGGGCGAGUGAUUAACGCACUUGUGGAGCACCUUGGUCAUAUUCCUUACAGGGAUAGUAAGUUGACUCGCUUACUUCGUGAUUCACUUGGAGGUAGAACUAAGACAUGCAUCAUUGCUACAGUAUCCCCUGCUGUUCAUUGCUUAGAAGAAACUUUGAGCACAUUGGAUUAUGCACACAGGGCAAAGAAUAUUAAAAAUAAGCCAGAGAUCAACCAAAAAAUGAUGAAAUCGACACUUAUAAAGGAUCUUUAUGGUGAAAUUGAACGCCUUAAGUCAGAGGUUUAUGCUACCCGCGAGAAAAAUGGGGUCUAUAUUCCAAAGGAUAGAUACUAUCAAGAAGAGAUUGAAAAGAAGGCUAUGGGAGAUCAGAUUGAGCAGAUGGGCAUCACAAUAGAAUCAUAUCAGAAGCAACUUGAGGAUAUGAGAAACAAAUACGAUGGCCAAGUUCGUCACUGCUCUGAUUUAAGCAACAAGCUUGAUACCACUGAGAAAAACUUGAACAAGACAAGCAAGUUGCUUGCCAAUAGAGAGGACGAAUUAAGAAAGUGUCAUCAUACCCUGAAGGAAAAUGAAUUCAUCAUAUCUAAACAUAGGAAAGCAGAAAAUGCUCUAGCGCAUCAGGCUUGUGUAUUACGAGCAGAUUUAGAGAAAGCUCUUCAGGAUAAUGCUUCACUAUUUCUGAAAAUUGGUAGAGAAGAUAAACUGAACACAGACAAUAGAACAGUUGUAAACAAUUUUCAAGCGGAACUUGCCCAGCAGGUUGGUUCUCUUUCCAACACUGUUGCAAAAUCGUUGUCUGAACAGAAUGGACAUCUACAAGGCGUGGAGAAGCUCUGUUGUUCCUUUUUGGGCAUUCAUGAUAAGGCGGUUAUUGAUUUGAAAGAGAAAGUGAAAGACUUGAGGGCAGUGUACGUGUCUCAUAUUGAGGCAGUGCAAAAUGUUGUGCGUUUGCAUAAGUCAGGCUCAGAUGCAUCCUUGGAGGAGUUGUCAUCUGCCAUAUCUUCCCAUGGUCAUUCAAUUGAAGAAUUCCUUACAACUGCGGUCACGGAAGCUGGCUCAAUAUUUGAUGAGCUUCAGAGCUGUCUUUCAACACAACAGGGUGAAUUGACACUUUUUGCUAGGGAAGUACGCAAUAGAUUCAAUCUCAGUGUGGAACAGAUAAAGGAGAUAUCUGAGCGAUCUGAAGAAUUAGUGGAAAAGCUUUUUGAAGAAUCAAAAAAGCUUGAAAAUUUUGUAGCACAGACUGACAAAAUGCAAACAGAAAGCAUUGAUGAGUUUAAAAAAGUUUACGAGGAGCAAUCAAAAUUUGAGUCGGAGAAACUCAUCGCUGAUAUGACUAGUUUGGUUUCUGAUCUCAUUCGGCGUCAAAUCAAUCUUGUAGAUUCAAAGCUUGUUGAUUUUAGAGAAAGUGGUGUUAAGAACAAGUCAUUCCUUGAUGGACAUGUGUCAUCUGUGGGUGAUAUUGCAACUAAUGCUAAAAGGAAAUGGCAGUCCUUUUGUGUACAAGCAGAAAAAGAAGCAAAAGAUACUGCUGAUUAUUCUGCGGCUAAGCAUUGUCGCAUGGAGGUACUCCUGCAGCAAAGUGUUAACACUGCUCAUUCAGCUUUGGAACAAGUUAAGAGGACACAUGAGGGUGUAAAUGAUUUAGGGACCAAACAUAUUCAAGCGACAGAGUCACUUAUCAGGAAUGCUCGUGAUAGCAGCGAGCAACAUGUUGCUGAGGUCAAUUCUGCACGAGCAGCAGCUGAGGAAGAUGUGGCAAAGAACAGUGAUGAUCUUCUCGAGCAGUUUGACGCCACGUCUGCAGAAGAGCGUGAGUCUGUAUGUAGUGUGGUAAGUGUGGUGAAAAGCCAUGCAAAUACACUUGAGAUGUUCAGAGAGAAUCAUGCUGGGCAAGCAGCUUCCAUAGAACACAAAGCAUGUGAAACUUUCCAGCAAGAGUAUAGGGACUAUGAGCCUAGUGGUACAACACCUAUAAGAUGUGAGCCAGAGGUUCCGAGUAAGGGUACAAUUGACUCUCUUCGAACCUUGCCAAUCGAAACUCUUUUGGAUGAAUUCCGGGAAAGUAAUUCAUAUGAAUCUUCUUCUGAUGUAAAGGAGUUGAAACCGUCACUUAUUCCACGUUCUCCUCUCACCCAAUUGAAUUAA